AUGGUUGCUACCACAGGUUGGGAUUAUAUUGUUGUAGGAGGUGGGCUUGCUGGUUGCGUCACCGCCAGCCGCUUGUCGCAGUAUAAGCCCUCGGCCCGUAUCCUAGUUAUCGAAGCUGGUCCGGACGUGAGCAACGAUAAAGAAAUCCUCCAGUUCCAAUCUCUUAACUUCAUCGGCGGAAAGUUUGACUGGGCAUACAAGUCAGUCCCACAAAAACACUACGAUGGCCGGCAGAUCGACAUUCCGGCCGGCCGCGCUCUUGGCGGAGGUUCCGUGAUUAAUGGAUGCGGUUGGUUCCGCGGAUCUCGGGCUGACUUCGACAGCUGGGCGGAGAUUGUCAAUGACAGCCGUUGGAGCUACGAAGGCCAACUUCCUUAUUUCAAGAAGACUGAAAGGUGGUACAGCACCGAAAAUUCCAACUACCACGGUCAAGAUGGUGCUAUGUAUAUAGAAGCUCCCACCUCAACAGGUCGAAUCUACCCUCUGGCCGAGAUCACCAGAGAUUCUUGGCGCGAUCUCGGUCUGCAGGUGCUUCCAGGUUGCGAUAUGAACGCCGGCGAUAAUAUAGGCCUCGGCGAUAUCAACGAAAACCGCCAUAAAGGAGCUCGGCAGAUCGCGCCGCUGGCGUACCCUUUGGGCGGUGUGACCGUCAUGAACGAAGCUCUUGUUGAAUCCAUCCUUAUCGACAAGAGCUCCGAGACGAAGGCUACCGGUGUUCGCUUGGCGGAUGGCACGGAGCUUCGUUCGAAACAAGUCAUCCUCUCCACCGGCGCUUAUAGGACGCCGCAGGUGUUGAUGCUGUCCGGUAUAGGGCCUAAGGAGACUUUGGAACAGCACGGUAUUGAAACGAAGGUCGAUAUCCCGGAAGUCGGGAAGAACUUUAACGAUCACAUUAUGAUGCAACUUAACUGGCGACUAAAGGAUCCUUCGAAGGGAUUCGCCCUAGGUUCCAGCAACCCCCUAUUCUCGAAACCGGAAUUCGGUACGGGCACGCCGAUAAACUACGUCGUCAACCACGAGGUCCCUAAGGACAGUCUUGUGGCCGCGAUUACCAAGGACGAAGGCAAGGCUCCCGGACCAGACCACUACCUUUUAAAGAGACCAUGGGGCAUGAUGGAGACCCUCGUCGUAUAUUGCGCAAUGCCGCCGUUUCCGAUCGAUGGCACGCACAUCAGCAACACGUUGAUGGCCGCGAAACCAACGUCCCGCGGAACGGUGACCAUUGCGUCGAAGAACCCGGCUGAUACCCCGGUUCUCGAUCCGAAUUAUUUUGCUACGGAAGUCGAUAAGUACGUGUGGCGGCACUCGUUACGAAAGGCUGCCUCUCUGAUGACGGGCGAUACUCCUCUUGGCCGGGAGGUAAUCGCAGGCGAGACUCCUCCUAGCGGGUUCGAGCCUUUAUCAGUCGAUUCGAGCGACGAGUAUCUGGAUAGCCGGGUCAAGGCUGCGGGAAUGUCUACCUUCCACGGUUCCAGCAGUUGCUCCAUGGGGACCGUGGUAGACACCGACUUGCGAGUAAAAGGGGUUCAGAACCUUCGAAUCGUGGAUGCGUCUGUAUUCCCCAUUUCAAUUGGCGCUCACAUCCAAGCCGCGGUUUACGCUCUUGCGGAACAGGCGGCUGUGAUUAUUUCCCAAGAUGAAUAG